CCAUUUGCUGAUAGGGAUGAAUGGGAAUUGGCCAAGUUCCUUCAUACUCACAUGAUGCAAACACAAAUCAAUGAAUUUUUGAAGCUACACUGGGUAAGUAAUUCAUCUCCACUAGUUACUUCUAAGUCAAAGGUCAGCUUUAAAUCUGCAGGGGAGCUACUAUCACUCUUGGACACAAUACCCAAAGGGCCAAGCUGGCAUUGUACAAAGAUCAAAACCAAAGGUUAUAUAAUGAAAGGGCCCAUUCAUCUUUUCUGGCAUGACACACCAGAGAUCACAUGGGAGCUCUUUGGAAACCUGGUGUUCACAAAGCAUAUGGAAUAUGAUUCCUACCAUGUUUUCAAAGGAACUGAA